GACAAGAAAUCACCGUGCAUUUUAACCUCUAUACCGCAAAUGAAGAACGAAUUAGCAUAUAAAGGUUAAAAUGCACGAGAAUUCCUUGUCAUAUCGGCAAAAAAAAUGCACAUAAAUAUGAACGCAUUCACGCUGUCACAACAAUCACUUUUAAAGGUGAAUGGCCACUUGCGUACCAGUUAUGCAAAUCCAUGGUUAUGCAUCAUACGUUGGCGCGCUGCAUAACGAUCUUGUAGUUGGUCAAGACUGUAAAGCUAAACGGAAAUAAAGGAAAAUAAAAGUUCAGCUUCAUAGAGACAGUCAACUUAUACGUGGAGUUUCGCCGAACCUCAUGAGCGAAACCAAAAGUAUCCGAUUUCACUUCUGUAAUGUGCGGGAAUCCCCUUCGAUCCCGUAUGGGCUUGAGGAAGUCACUCGAUAAAUAUUUUGUUACAAAUAUCGUUGAUUUCUGAGUUAUUUUUCUCCGCUGUGGACCAAUUCGAAAAACGAUUGUCACUGUCUUCCCGUAAUAGAAGAAUUGUAGCAGACGGACUAGCCGAAGAAACAGCCCAACCCGACACCAUGAGCGCGUCCCUAAUGUGCCCGAAAUGCAACCGGAGCGACGGCAGGCACGUGCGCGGCCAGCGCGCCCUGUGCCCGCACUGCUCCUCCAGCUCGCGCCGCAUCUACCAGUUCUGCUGCUCGUGCCGCCGCAGGUGGCGCGGGCAGGAGGGCAGCUCCUGCGCGCUGCCGUUCUGCCAGACGCGAACCGCUCUCCUGUCAAGCGAGCGCAUCACGAAGGAACACAGCAUGGUGAAGGGCUGUCCCUUCUUCCGGAUCUGCCCCGCGUGCAGGACCCUUGUGACACAUUCAGCGAGCCCAGCAAUGCUCCAGCGUUCAAACACACAGGCAGCCGUGGGCUAGUCCCCUGCACCAGUCAGUGGAGAAGGGCAAGGUAUCCAGAAACCCUAAUUCUGCCUGGUCACCCACCAAGUUGACCACCUCCACCCAGAACCCUUGACUGCGCCUCCUGCUGGCAGACUGAGGUAGGUGGCACCAUGCCGAGCCGUACGGACUCCUGCUUCCUCAUCAGUCUUUCCAAUCACCCCCGGUGGCAGCUGGGUGCCAUUGCGACCAGGAGACGAAAGAAGGAUGGGACACGUGUCUCUCCUACAGAUGACGACCCAUUUGCCACAAUGUUCUCUCCAUCACUCCACACAAGGAGCUGGUGCAGCAGCUGGAUGUUCAUUCUCUUGCUAAUGGCUGCAUACGUGCCCUGUGCAUGGAGCACCACCUACAAAAUAGCCAUCGUUGGACCCUGGAGAUGUGACCCCUUCUUCUCCAAAGCCUUGCCCGACCUGGCAGCGCAGCUCGCCAUGAGUCGCAUCAACAAAGACCCUCACUUGAGCAGAGGUUACUGGUACGACUACAUCUUGGUCAACGAGGAUUGCCAGAGCUCCCGGGCGCUCGCACGCUUCACCGAGCUGCAAGCCUACGCCUCGGCCUUCCUGGGUCCUGCCAACCCAGGCUACUGCUCAUCGGCAGCCCUGUUAGCCAAGAACUGGAACAAGGGGCUAAUGUCGUGGUCCUGCCUGAAACCCAACAUGGAAGGCGGCUCGUAUCCCAGCUUCCUCCGGUCACUGCCCCUCUCCUCCCAUGUGCUGUUUGCCGUGCUGCGCUUCUUCCGUUGGGCACAUGUGGCCGUCGUCACCUCGGGAGAGGAACUGUGGGUGGCCACGGGGCAGGAGCUGGCCUCCUCGCUGAGAGCCCUCGGACUACCUGUCGGCAUUGUGGUCACCAUAAAGGCAGACGCAGAGGGUCCCAGGAAAGCCCUGCAGAAAAUCCGAAACACUGAUCAAGUCAAAGUGGUCAUCAUGUGCAUGCACUCCGUGCUAAUUGGUGCAGACACUCAGCACGCCCUCCUCACCACGGCCCUGGACAUGCGGAUGGUGGACCGAGGCUACAUCUUCAUCCCUUAUGACACGCUGCUCUAUGCCCUGCCCUACAAAGACGUAUCUUAUCCGGCCUUGGCUAACGACAGCAAGCUACGGCAGGCUUACGACGCUGUGCUUACCGUGACCAUGGACUCUGGGGACCGCAACUUCUACGAGGCUUUCGGGGACGCCCAGGAGAGCAUGGAGAUCCGGAGCAGCUUGGCGCCACAAGAGGUAUCUCCUUUCUUUGGAACCAUCUACAGCAUGCUGUACUUCCUGGCCAUGUCCGUGGAGCAGACCCGGAUGGCGGCGGGCCGCUGGGUAUCCGGGGAGCUGCUGGCCCAGAGUCCAGGUGGUUUCGAAAUCCCAGGCUUCAACCAGCCGCUGUUCGCCGGUGCUGAGGGCGAGGGAAUGCUGGCCCACUAUGUGGUACUGGACACCGAUGGCGAGGGCACCUCGUUAGCCGCCACGCACGCCCUGGACGCCGCCCACACGCACGGCAAAUUCGGCGGCCUCAAAUACCUGGGCCGACCCAUCCACUUCGCUGGCAGGACCCCCAGCAGUGACGCCCACUGCUGGUUCAGUCCCUACAUUGCGUGUGGUGGAGGAAUCGAUGGAAUCACUGUCUUCGUUUUGUUCAUCCUGUUCUCUUUCCUGUUGGGGGCUGGAACAGCCUUUGCUUUCUUCGUCCGGAAGGUGGUACAGCUCGGAGUCGGGCUUGCAGGUGGCGGAGGAGCUCCCACCAAAUUAAUCCUGACUUUGGACGAUCUGGUCUUCAUUAACACGCACGUCAGCAAAAAGAAGCUGAACGAGGACACGGCGGCCCGGAGCACACUGGACGUGAGGACGCCGCAGCACUCCGUGUCGGGCCGCAGCUACAUCGCCAGCACGCCCGAGACCUCCAACAUCGGCAUCUUGGAGGGAGACUGGGUCUGGCUGAAGAAGUUCCCAAAUGGAGACUCCGUGGUGGAGGUUAAGGAGAGCACACAGGCUGUGUUCAUCAAGCUAAGGGACAUGCGUCACGAGAACCUCAAUCUCCUGCUGGGGCUGUUCUUCGACGGCGGCGUCUUCGGCGUGGUGAUGGAGCACUGCACCCGCGGCAGCCUGGAGGACCUCCUCAAUAACGAGGACAUGCGGUUGGACUGGAUGUUCAAGUCAUCCCUGCUCACCGACCUUAUCAGGGGGAUGAAGUACCUCCACCAUCGCAACAUCGUUCACGGUCGUCUCAAGUCCCGCAACUGUGUGGUGGACGGCCGCUUCGUGCUGAAGGUGGGGGAGUACGGCUUCAACGAAAUCACCCGUGCUCAGGGGCUGGUGACGCCGGAGAGUCGGCCUGAGGAGCUGCUGUGGACGGCCCCUGAGCUCCUGAGGAACCCAGCGCUGGAGAAGAAAGGCACUUACAAGGGGGACAUCUACAGCUUCGCCAUCAUCAUGCAGGAGGUCAUCUCCCGAAACUCGCCCUUCUGCAUGCUAGACGUUCCCGUCAAGGAGAUCAUCGAGAAGGUGCGGUCGCCGCCGCCGCUGUGCCGGCCUGCCGUGUCCAUGGAUGAGGCGCCGCUCGAGUGCAUCCAGAUCAUGAAGAAGAGCUGGAGCGAGGAGCCGGAGCGCAGGCCCACCUUCGAGGAGGUCUUCAUUGAGUUUAAGAGUAUAAACAAAGGAAAGAAGACAAACAUCAUAGACUCCAUGCUGCGGAUGCUGGAGCAGUACUCAUCCAACCUGGAGGACCUCAUCCGGGAGAGGACCGAGGAGCUGGAGGUGGAGCGGACGAAGACUGAAAACCUCGUGGCACAGAUGCUGCCCAGGUCGGUGGCCCUGGCUCUGAAGACGGGGAAGCCCGUGAAGCCAGAGUACUUCAAGGAGGUGACGCUCUACUUCAGCGACAUCGUGGGCUUCACUACCAUCUCGGCGCUCAGCGAGCCCAUCGAGGUGGUGGACCUGCUCAAUGACCUCUACACACUCUUCGACGCCAUCAUCGGGCAGCACGACGUCUACAAGGUAGAGACCAUCGGCGAUGCCUAUAUGGUGGCGUCGGGGGUCCCGAACCGCAACGGGAGCCAGCACGCGGCCGAGGUGUCCAACAUGUCGCUGGACAUCCUGCACUGCAUCGGCGCCUUUAAGAUGAGGCACAUGCCCAACGUCAAGGUCAAGAUCCGCAUCGGCCUGCAUUCGGGUUCGGUUGUGGCGGGGGUGGUCGGUCUCACCAUGCCCCGUUACUGCCUCUUUGGGGACACCGUCAACACGGCCUCUCGCAUGGAGUCCACAGGCCUACCCUACAGAAUCCAUGUGAACCAAACUACGGUGGAGAUCCUGCACAGUCUACAACUCGGAUACAGGCUGGAGAUCAGAGGCAAGACAGAGCUGAAGGGGAAAGGAAUAGAAGACACCUACUGGCUGGUUGGCAGAGCCGGCUUCAAUAAACCACUGCCUGUACCUCCAGACCUAACCCCAGGAGCCAGUAAUCACGGCAUCAGCCUGGAUGAGAUUCCUGCAGACCGACGGCAGAGAUUCCUCGACCGGCAGAAAACGAUGAAGUGACAGCUAUAGAUAAAAGGCAUCAAGGGGUCUCCGAAUGAUUCGGUCCUUGGUGGGUUGACCUCUCCCUGUUUUCUCAGGCGUCUAUAUGGACCAGGGUGUCUUCGUGUGCCGUGAGGCAUGGAGGGCGACACUGGGGGGUGUUAAGAUGGCGUGGGUCACUUUCCCACCACCAAGUUAUACCAGUGCAGCAGCUCAGCCCCAGGAAACACGCCAAAGCAUCAGGAACCCGGAACAGGACCCAGCCACAUCCAUCCCUGUCUACUCUGGCACAUUAUGUCCAAAGCCACCUACAAGUUAGGCAGAUGUACCAGUGAUUCCUGUUUCUGUCAAUGCUUUGCCUUUUUUUUUUAAUCGCACUGCCAAUCACGUUGAAGAUGACGGUAUGCCAAGUGCGACUGCGGCAGCUGCAGAAUGCAGUCAGCUUAUGGCUCUAUAGUCUGAGUUGCAGGGCCCGGUCCACGAGAGUGAAAUGGAUCCCAUUCAGAAUAACCCAUUUGUAACUGAUUAGAAACAUUUAAUGGCACUGUAUGGGACAGAUGCAUCUACUUUGUGUUCAGUUUAAUUGUACGAAUAUUUCCCCUUGUUUCAAGAAAUAGUCCAUAGACCAAGUGGUGUGUGAAUGUGAGAAACCAUUAUUCAUUUUUAAUCAGAUCCGGAAUGUACGUAUGUCUGAAUUUAUAAUGCAUGUUGUGUUAUAAGCUUUACUUUUAUUUACACUUGAACGUGGAAUUCAUCUUCAAAUGAUACAUGCAUUGCUGCAGAUACACUGGUGUCCGGGCACUAAAAUGUAACUAAAGUACUGUGAUCUGAAAAUAUACAGUUUCUAUUUUGUAGAAAUGUAAAACACCAAUGUAUUUCAAAUGACUACGCAUUUACAACAUGUAGAAUAUUUUUGUGCUUGUGCAAAUAAAUUGUGUUCUAGUGA